AUGAACUGGCUCCCUUUCAGAGCCACAGGGGCUCUGGCCAUUUUAAUGGUAAUCGUAUUGGUUCAUGGAGAAUUGCGAAUACAGACAAAAGGACAACAUGGACAAGAAAGGACAGAGGUGCAACAAGCUAAAAGAAGGUAUAAACGUGAAUGGGUGAAAUUUGCAAAACCCUGCAGAGAAAGAGAAGACAACUCAAAAAGAAACCCAAUUGCCACGAUUACUUCAGAUUUCCAAGCAACCCAGAAAAUUACAUACCGAAUUUCUGGGAUGGGAAUUGAUCAGCCCCCUUUUGGAAUCUUUGUUGUUGACCAAAACACUGGAGAAAUUAACAUAACAGCCAUAGUUGAUCGUGAGGAAACCCCAAGCUUCCUGAUCACAUGCCAUGCUCUAAACGCUCUAGGUCAAGAUGUAGAGAAACCACUUAUAUUAACAGUCAAAAUUUUAGAUGUCAAUGAUAAUCCUCCAAAAUUUUCACAAAGCAUAUUCAUGGGUGAAAUUGAAGAAAAUAGUGCUUCAAAUUCACUGAUCAUGAUACUAAAUGCCACAGAUGCAGAUGAGCCAAACCAUGUGAACUCUAAAAUUGCUUUCAAAAUCAUCUCUCAGGAACCCGCAGGCACACCUAUGUUUCUCCUAAGCAGACACACUGGGGAAGUUCGCACUUUGACCAAUUCUCUUGAUCGAGAGCAAGUUAGCAGUUAUCAUCUGGUUGUGAGUGCUGCAGACCUAGAUGGAGAAGGACUGUCAACUCAGUGUGAAUGUAGGAUUAAUGUGAAAGAUGUCAAUGAUAAUUUCCCAAUGCUUAGAGAAUCUCAGUAUUCAGCAUAUAUUGAGGAAAAUACUCUAAGUCCUGAAUUGCUUCGAUUUCAAGUAAUAGAUUGGGAUGAAGAGUUCACAGAUAAUUGGCUUGCAGUCUUUUCCUUUACCUCUGGAAAUGAAGGGCAUUGGUUUGAAAUACAAACUGAUCCCAGAACUAAUGAAGGCAUCCUGAAGGUGGUUAAGGCUUUAGAUUAUGAACAACUACAAAACGUGCAACUUGGUAUUGCUGUCAAAAACAAAGCUGAAUUUCACCAAUCAGUAAUUUCUCAAUAUCGAAUUCAGUCAACUCCAAUCACAAUUCAGGUAAUAAAUGUGAAAGAAGGAAUUACAUUCCGCCCGGCUUCCAAGACAUUUACUGUGCAGAAAGGCAUAAGCAGUAAAAAGUUGGUCAAUUAUAUUCUGGGAACGUAUCAAGCCAUCGAUGAAGAAACUGGCAAAGCUGCUUCAUAUGUCAGAUAUACCAUGGGACGUAACAAUGGUGGCUUGCUAAUUAUUGAUUCAAAAACUGCGCAAAUCAAAUUCAACAAAAACAUAGAUCGGGAUUUUACUUUCAUAGUUAACAAGACAAUCACAGCUGAGGUUCUGGCCAUAGACGAAAACACCGGUGAAACUUCCACAGGCACCAUAUAUGUUGAAGUACCUGAUUUUAAUGAAAAUUGUCCUACAAUUGUCCUCGAAAAGGAAAUUAUUUGUAGUUCAUCACCUUCAGUUGUUGUCUCAGCUAGAGCACUGGACAGUGAUAAAUAUACUGGUCCUUACACAUUUUUACUGGAGGAACAACCUUUCAAGUUGCCGGUUUUGUGGACAAUCACAGAACUAAAUGCUACAUCAGCACUACUAAGAGCCCAGCAGCCGAUCUCCCCUGGAGUAUACAGAAUUUCCCUCCUAGUUACGGACAGACAGUCCAGGCAGUGCGAGACCCCAGACAGCUUGACUGUGGAGGUCUGUCAGUGUGACAACAGGGACAUCUGCAGGACUUCUGACUCCAGCAAAGACCGUCAGCCCACGUACCGGACGCUGGCAUCAGGGGAGCUGGGACCUGCCGCCAUCGGCCUUAUAAUCCUCGGUCUUCUGAUGCUGCUGUUGGCCCCUCUCCUACUGCUGACCUGUGAUGGUGGGGCAGGCCCUCUAGGGGGUGCUACAGGUGGGUUCAUCCCAGUCCCUGAUGGUUCAGAAGGAACACUUCAUCAGUGGGGGAUCGAAGGAGCCCAGCCUGAAGACAAGGAAAUCACAAAUAUUUCUGCACCACUUAUAACAGCUAAUGGAGCUGAAUUAAUGGAAAAUUCUGAAGUCUGUACAAAUACAUAUGCAGGCGGGACAGUGGCAGAAGGAGCUUCAGGAAUAGAAAUGACUACCAGGCUUGGUGCAGCUACGGGAUCUGGAACUUCUGCGGGAUUUGGAGCAGCCACUGGACUUGGCACCUGCUCUGCCGGACAGUCUGGAACAAUUAGAACGAGGCAUUCCACUGGAGGAACCAACAGGGACUGUGCUGAGGGAGCAAUAAAUGUGACUUUCCUGGACUCCUACUUUUCUCAGAAAGCAUUUGCCUGCGCAGAGGAAGAUGACAACCGGGAAGCAAAUGACUGUCUGUUGAUCUAUGACAAUGAAGGGAUGGACGCUCCGAGUUCUCCUGUGGGCUCUCUGGGUUGUUGCAGUUUUAUUGCCGAUGAACUGGAUGACACCUUCUUGGACUCCUUAGGCCCUAAAUUUAAAAAACUUGCAGAGAUAAGCCUAGGCGUAGAUGACGAAACCAAACAAUCUCAGUUAUCCACCAAAGAAAGUGGUUCUGGGAUUGAAACCUGUGGCCAUGGUGUAGAAGUCCAGCAGGCAGGAACUGUUAGGUGCCAGACUUUGCAAGACAGUCAAGGAGCUUCUGCUCUGUCUGCUUCCGGGUCUGUCCUCCAGCCAGCCAUUUCCAUCCCUGGCUCUCUGCAGCAUAACUAUUUGGUAGCAGAGACUUACUCAACUUCUGGUUCCUUUGUGCAAUCUUCCACUGCAGGCUUUGAUCCAAUUCUCUCACAAAAUGUAACAGUGAUGGAAAGGGUGGUUUGUCCUGGCAACCUACAGGGUCCGAUGGAGUUAUGAGGGUCACGUACUGUGAUCUGUACCGAAGAUCCUUGCUCCCGUUUGAUCUGACCAGAAUGAACUGGAAUAACAUGCUGACCAAAUCUAAAUGGUUGGACCAAAUUCUACAAAGUAGCAUAGCAAAGCUCACCGUAUUGUUCUAAUCUGGCACUUAU